AUGAUAAGAGGAAGAACAGUCUUCAUUUCCCUAUCUUCUAUAGCUGCCCUCGGUAGUGCUUUAUUCUAUUCGAAUCAUCUUAGAUUGAUCAGUUUAUAUCCUACGUUACCUGUCCCUCCUCAACUAUUGAUAUCAAGAAGGACUGAUAGUCCACAUACCACUGAAAGAUGGAUGAGAUGUGAUGGUGGUGAUGCAUGGUCAAUCAAAAUACCAAAAUCAAUCCUCAUCUCCUCCUAUAAAGAAAGAGAAGAAGAACAAGAAAUGGAUAUACAGAAAUUAGGAGCGAGAUGGAAUAAGGCAUUUUGGUCAAAUUGGGCAUUGAGAUUAGAAGGUGGUCUAUUCGGAUUAAUCAGACCAUUAAUAACCCCAAAAUGGGAAAAUCCGAAUGAGAUGAAUGUGUUCAAAGAGAAUUUCGGGAAAGGUAAUACGUUAUUAAAUGGUUUAUUCACGGUUGAAGCCAUAGACCCUACACCCGACCAAAACUCCCAUAAUGGAGGAAACGAUCAUAGCGAGAUGAUCUUUCGGUGGGGUGAUUUAACACCUGACGUGAAGUCCAACUUGUUAUUCAGAGGUGGAUAUCACACGCUUUCAGCAAGGACCACAUCAUCUUUUCGACCCCAAGAGGUACAAGGCAGGGAUAUCGCAAAGUCGCGGGAUCAAGGCAAGAACGAAGAUGUUUAUCUCAUAUUUACUUGCCAAGGUGUAUAUAGAUCAUUACCCCCUCCCAAGCAAUCAUCUCACUCUCGGGUGGUCAAUAAUGGAGACUGUCCAGGCUCAGGUACUGUAUUAGAAGGAAUGAACUUUGUAGACAAGCUGUUCUCGGCUUUUCACAGGGAAUACGCUAGGAUACUGAUCGACUUGGCUAUCCGCAAUAUGGGUUUACAAGGGAAGGGUGUGAGAGUUGACAAAUGGCCCUCAGAAUCAAGUAAUUGA